AUGUUUUGCUUAUUUUGUGAUACCGCAAUUGUAACGGUUAAGAAAUUCAAUGCACAGCAACAAUAUGAUCUUCAUAAAGACUAUAAAUAUGCCAAAUUAGAGGGUAAGCCAUUUAGCGAUGCAGAACUCACAAAAGAAGUGGUAGGAUGUAUAGAUCCCGAUAAAGUCAACAAAUAUAAAAAGGUGUCUCGUUCAAGAAGGACUAAUACAGAUCGACACCAUGAAUUGGUCUAUGAUGUAACAGAACAGUUGAGAAAUAUAAUCCCAAAAGAAAAUGUAUAUUGCUCGGUAGCUUUGGAUGAAUCGACUGAUUCCACUGAUUCAGCACAAGUAUUGUAUUUUAUUCGUGCUAUAAGUGAUGAUUUUCAAGAAUAUGAAGAAUUAUUUGCUUUAGGCACCCUUAAAGGAAGGACGCGAGGGAUAGAUAUUUUUAACAACUUCAAACAGCAAUGUCAUAAAGUAGGACUAAAUUUUACUAAUUUGGUGAAUGUGUGCAUGGAUGGUGCUCCAGCUAUGGCUGAAAAUGAAGGAUUUAUUGCACAUCUUAAAAGAGUAACCAAAGAAUCAAAUGUACUGAUUUCUUUUCAUUGUAUUUUACACCAGCAAAAUUUCUGUGCAAAAUCUGCCAUUUUAAAUGACACUUUGCAGAAGGUUAUAAGUAUUUAA